AUGCAUAUCCGCGAGAAACUUGCCAAGAAUGAGGCGGAGGGAAAGACUGGAAUCUCUUUUGAGUUCUUCCCUCCUAAGACCGCUCAAGGUGUACAGAAUCUUUACGACCGAAUGGACCGCAUGCACGGGCUGGGUCCCUCUUUCAUCGACAUCACUUGGGGCGCUGGCGGUCGCUUAUCGGAUCUGACAUGCGAGAUGGUUAAUGUGGCACAAUCGGUGUAUGGAUUGGAGACUUGCAUGCAUCUGACUUGCACUGAUAUGCCGCUUGAGAAGGUUGACCAGGCCCUCCAGGCUGCCUACAAAUCUGGCUGCACCAAUAUUUUGGCUCUCCGAGGAGACCCGCCACGUGACAAGGAGACAUGGGAGGCAACAGAGAACGGAUUCCGCUAUGCAAAGGAUUUGGUGAAAUACAUUCGGGAGAAAUAUGGAAACCAUUUCGAUAUCGGUGUCGGCGGGUAUCCCGAAGGUGCCGAUGACAAUUCCGACGUGGAUCAAUUGAUCGAUCACUUGAAGGAGAAGGUCGAUGCAGGCAGCUCUUUUAUUGUGACUCAGAUGUUUUAUGAUGCGGAGAACUUCAUCGAAUGGGUGAACAAGUGUCGCGCCAAGGGCAUCAAUGUUCCUAUUAUACCAGGCAUCAUGCCGAUCUCUACAUUCAGCAGUUUCCUACGUCGCGUCAACUGGACGAAGAUUCGAGUUCCCCCUGAGUGGAUGGAGGCUCUUGAGCCAGUCAAGAACGACGACUCUGCAGUUCGAGAUAUCGGAAAGACUUUGAUUGCCGAGAUGUGCAAAAAGCUGAUCGCUGCUGGUCUCAAACAUUUGCAUUUCUAUACUAUGAAUCUGGCUCAGGCGACUCGGUUGGUUCUUGAAGAGCUCGGGCUUUGCCCCUCGGAUGAAACCCCGAUUCAACGCGCGCUGCCUUGGCGGCCUUCCCUUGCCCUCAAUCGGAGAACGGAGGACGUGCGCCCGGUGUUCUGGCGCAACCGAAACUCAUCAUAUGUUGCUCGUACACAGACUUGGGAUGAAUAUCCCAACGGUCGGUGGACCGAUUCUCGUUCACCUGCGUUCGGUGAGCUCGACUCGUACGGCGUGGGUCUAAAGGGCACAAAUGAGCAGAAUAUCAAACUUUGGGGCGAGCCAAAGUCGAUUAAAGAGCUGUCAGACAUCUUUGUCCGUUUCUUGACCGGCAAGCUUGACCGACUGCCCUGGAGUGACUCGCCAAUCACGUCAGAGGCACACGAAAUUCAGCAGGACUUGCUCAACCUUAACCAGCGAGGAUUUUUGACAAUCAACUCACAGCCUGCCGUCAAUGGAGUCAAGUCAUCCCAUCCUAUCUAUGGUUGGGGUCCAAAGAACGGUUUCGUCUACCAGAAAGCUUACCUUGAGCUUCUGGUCCCCUCCAGCCUGAUCGAUGAGCUAAUCACUCGCAUCGAGAAGAACGGUGACUUGACUUACCAUGCCACCAAUAAGAAGGGUGAGCUCAAGACGAACACACGUGAUAGCCCGAAUGCCCUGACAUGGGGUAUUUUCGCUGGACGGGAAAUCAUCCAGCCCACUAUCGUUGAGACUGUCAGUUUCCUGGCCUGGAAGGAUGAGGCAUACCUGCUGGGCGAGCACUGGUCUAAGUGCCAUGACGUAUCAAGCCCUAGUCGCAAGCUGAUUCAGCAUGUCAUGGAUGACUGGUACCUCGUCAACAUUGUCGACAACGACUUCCACAGAUCCAAUGCUGUCUUCGAACUAUUCGAUGGUCUGGAGGUCCCAGACCUCGAUGUCGAGGUCUCCGGCGCACCUUUGACUAACGGCCACGCCGAGCAAAAUGGCGUUGCAGCCAACUAG